AGGCAGAGGUGGUCAGCAAACCAGCAGUGCAGAGCAGGAUCAGAGAGAGAUAAUAGUCCUUGUUUAGGCCAAACUGUUGUUGAGCUUUUGGGUAUAUUAUGUCCCUCUGUUCUCACUUGGUAUAAGACUGAACUCUCUCUCACAUACACACAAUAACACAAAAACCAAACCAAAGCCAAAACAGAAUUUUGCAGACACCCGCUCAGUGUUUUUUUCAGUUUCAGAACUCAAAGUUUCCUCUUUCCCUCCAUUAUUUAUUACAUUUACAAAUCACCAAAUCCCCUUCCUCUUCAUUCUUGUUGUUUAUAUAGAUACAUAGAUACAGAGAAGAGAUAAAUAAGAGUAAACAAGAGUUCAUACACUUUCUUAUUGGUAAUAUUAUGCCUGGGAGUUUAGAGCCGUUGGAUUUAGGGGUACAGAUACCGUACCACUUCAGGUGCCCAAUCUCGCUGGAGCUGAUGCGAGACCCGGUCACCGUUAGCACCGGUCAGACCUACGACCGAGCAAGCAUCGAGUCUUGGGUGGCUACUGGCAAUACCACGUGUCCGGUCACCCGAGCCCCGCUUACAGACUUUACUCUCAUUCCCAAUCACACUCUCCGCCGCCUUAUCCAGGACUGGUGCGUCGCCAACCGCUCCUUCGGCGUCGAGCGAAUUCCGACGCCAAAGCAGCCAGCCGACCCGGCCAUGGUACGCUCGCUCCUCACCCAGGCCUCCUCCGAGUCCACCCCAGCUCCGACUCGCCUCUCCGCGUUGAGGCGACUCAGAGGACUAGCCCGCGACUCCGACAAGAACCGCUCCGUUAUUUCCUCGCUCAACUCGCGCGAAGUCCUCCUCGACAUCGUCUUCGCCGGCGCGAGCUCUGAUUCGUCCGAGCUGAGCCGCGAGGCGCUCGCGGUGGCUGUGAUGUUCCCGUUCUCCGAGAUCGAGUGCGCCGCGGUGGCGUCCGAGCCGGACCGGGUUGCGUACCUGACUCGCCUCCUGUUCCACUCCUCGAUCGACGUCCGAGUAAACUCGGCGGCGAUGAUCGAAAUCGUCGUCGCCGGGACGCGGACGCCGGAGCUCCGGUCUCAGAUCAGCAAUGUGGACGAGAUCUUCGAGGGAGUGAUCGAGAUUCUUCGGAGCCCGAUCGCGUACCCUCGCGCUCUCAAGGUUGGAAUCAAAGCGCUCUUCGCGAUGUGUCUGGUGAAGCAGACGCGGCACAAGGCGAUCGCCGCCGGAGCGGCGGAGAUCCUGAUCGACCGGCUGGCCGACUUCGAGAAGUGCGACGCGGAGAGGGCGCUGGCCACGGUGGAGCUCCUCUGCCGGAUCCCAGCGGGGUGCUCGGCGUUGGCGGCGCACGCGCUGACGGUGCCGCUGCUGGUGAAGAUAAUACUGAAGAUCUCGGACCGGGCGACGGAGUAUGCGGCGGGGGCGCUGGUGUCUCUUUGCUCUGCGUCGGAGCAGAGCCAGAGGGAGGCGGUGGCGGCGGGGAUUCUGACGCAGCUGUUGCUUCUGGUGCAGAGCGACUGCACGGACCGAGCCAAGCGAAAGGCGCAGCUCUUGCUCAAGCUUCUUCGGGAUUCGUGGCCCGAAGAUUCCAUCAGGAAUUCUGACGAUUUUGCUUGUAGUGAAGUUGUGGUACCCUUCUGAGUAUUUUUUUCUUUUCUUAUCUUCCUUAAUCCUUAAUUUUAUUUUUUCUUCAGUCUAAUCUGAAUUUUUUUGUUGUUAUUAGCAAUUGAAAAAAAAAGAAUGAAAGAAUAGAAAGUUCAGAUUUUUAGAUUGGUAUAUAGAGAUUUGUAAUUCUGUAUGUUUUUGUAUGUAAGAA